ACAAUUCAAACAUAUUUAAAUAUUUUGUAUGGCUAUCACCUUUCCACUUUCCUUCGAUCUUUUUUCUCGUCUCUUCAACAAAAUUAAGAGUCUAAUUAAGAAUUAACCCACAUAAAGACAAAGCACAUUACAUUCUUCUGGCGUUUUUCUUGUUCCGUCUUUGAUUGCAACAUCAUCUCUAUCACCAAUCACCAUCGGAGGGUCUGGACUGCAAUGAGACUAUACACAGAAGCACAUUUUCUAUCCCAUGGCUAGCAAUUAUUACUGAAAAUAAAAAGAUAAGAACUUUUGUUUUUUUGUCUGGGUUUUCAUUUGGGCUUUGGGCAGCAAUAGUGUUUACCAGAGAACGGGAGAGAAAAAGGGGAGAGAAAAAGGGGAAGAUGGCUGGUGAAGAAGAAUGGGAAACAUUGGAGUACACACCAACAUGGGUAGUGGCUGGAGUGUGCACCGUGAUUGUGGCUAUUUCUCUGGCUGCAGAGCGUCUGCUUCAUUAUCUUGGGACGGUUUUGAAGAAGAAGCACCAGAAACCACUGUUUGAGGCCUUGCAAAAAGUUAAAGAAGAGUUGAUGCUGUUGGGGUUUAUAUCCCUUUUACUAACAGUGUUUCAGAGUGCAAUCUCUAAAAUGUGCGUUCCAAAGGAUGCAGUAAAGAGUAUGCUUCCUUGUAGAGUUUCUGACAAAGGAGAAGCAGUAGAAGGCUCCAAUAUUUCAACAACAUCACAUUUUCAGAGUUCUCUUGCUUCUAACUUCGCUGGUGGAACCAGGCGUCUACUGGCUGCUGAUACAACUUCAGAUAUUGGAUACUGUGCUAAGAAGAAUAAGGUGCCAUUAUUAUCAGUUGAAGCAUUACAUCAUCUGCAUAUCUUUAUCUUUGUCCUGGCCAUUGUCCAUGUAACUUUCUGUGUCAUUACAGUUCUUUUUGGAGGAGCAAGGAUACGUCAGUGGAAACUUUGGGAGGAUUCAAUUGGGAAAGAGGAGUUUCAUACAGAAAAGGGCAAAGUUCCAAAGAAAACCGUCACCCAUGUCAGUCAACACGCUUUUAUCAGGGAGCAUUUUGGGGCGAUCGGUAAAGACUCUGCUAUACUAGGGUGGUUGCAUGCUUUUGUCAAGCAAUUUUAUGCAUCUGUGACCAAAGCAGAUUACGUGACACUCAGGCUAGGUUUUAUUAUGACCCAUUGCAGGGCGAAUCCCAAGUUUAAUUUUCACAAGUACAUGAUACGUGCCUUAGAGGAUGAUUUUAAGCAAGUUGUUGGUAUAAGCUGGUAUCUUUGGAUCUUUGUUGUCAUCUUCUUGCUGCUGAAUGUUAAUGGUUGGCAUACAUAUUUCUGGAUAUCAUUCAUUCCUUUCAUUCUUCUACUUGCUGUUGGUACCAAGCUUGAGCAUGUGAUUACUCAGUUGGCUCUUGAAGUUGCUGAGAAACAUGUUGCCAUUGAAGGGGAAUUAGUGGUCCGACCAUCAGAUGAGCAUUUUUGGUUCAAUAAGCCCCGUAUGGUCCUCUUUUUGAUUCACUUUAUCCUCUUCCAAAAUGCUUUUGAGAUUGCAAUUUUCUUCUGGUUGUUGGUUCAAUAUGGCUUUGACUCCUGCAUUAUGGAACAAGUUGGGUAUAUCAUUCCGAGGCUUGUUAUAGGGGCUUUCAUUCAGAUACUCUGUAGUUACAGCACCCUGCCACUUUAUGCCAUUGUUACACAGAUGGGAAGCUCAUUCAAGAGGGCAAUAUUUGAUGAGCAUGUGCAAGUAGGCCUUGUUGGUUGGGCUCAAAAGGUGAAGAAAAAGAAAGCAAUGAAGGCUGCUAGUGGCGACUCUGGUCAGUCGAGCUUCCAAGAUGGUUCUUCCAUUGCAAUUCAGCUGGGAGGAGUUCUGCGCAGUUCAUCAGCACCAGAGGAGAUUCAUCCUCCAAAAGGUUCUGAGGAUGCCAAAUGAUUAGUACCAUCCUUAACAAGAUUAGCAGGAACUAGCUGCUUCUCCCUUUAAACAUCCCUGACUUUUGUAGAAAUUCAUUGGGUGAUAGCAGGAGAUACUUCUGGACAAUAGUAUGUAUUUGGUUGUCACCAUCUUCCGGAUUUGCCAGGAAGUGAAAAUGAUUUUCUGAUAGCAAACAAUUAAGGGGUAUGGUAAUUAAACAGAGCCCAGGAACAAAGAUAAUCAUUCCAGUCCCAUUAAGAUAGAGACGCUUCUUAAAACCUUCUUGGAGGAACCCUGAAGUUAAUCGAAGCACUGAAUCAUGAUACAAAGACAAUACCUUUUCAGAUAACUAAAAUCAAAGUAUGGAAUGAAGACAUCCAGCUCAAGGCUGAAAUAUAUAUUAGUUUCAAGCUUCAGCUGGCAUGUAUUAGAAAAAAAAUAUUGUUAGGUGUUAAUACCAGAGGGUGGUGGACGGUAUUUUGGUGCAGGAAACAGAGGGACGAUUGGCAGACACCGGAUAAACAAAGAAACGUGAGAGCUGAAGCAAUUGGAAGUUGAACCAAACAUGCUUUUAGUCCCCAACUUGACACUUUGACGCUUAACAUUAGCACAGGAUUCAUGGAGGAAAUGAAGUGAGUGUAUGAGUGGAGAAGACUAGAUGUGUGUGUGCUGUGUAUUAAUGAGAGAUUGACUAGAGGGAGGGGACAUCCAAAUUGUUACCUUUAUAUGGUCCCCUUAGGUUGCCUCUAGGUUCUUGAUCCUC